UCAUUUUCUUGUUUGCAUAAAUGUGAUUAUUACAUAACAUUGCUUGAAGAGCGGAAAGAAAAUUACUGUCCAUGUCUAAAAAAGAACAAAAAAAGAGCGAACUCGAAUAUAAGAUGGAAACAGUUCCGAUGGACCCGCGUUUUCCAAAUAUGAAUGUAACACGACAUUGCUGGUUUUCCUAUGUGGAAUACCAUCGUUGUCAGAAGAGUCGCGGAGAAGGGGAUGAAUCAUGCCAAUAUUUUCAAAAAGUUUUCAAAACAAUGUGUCCCAAUGCUUGGGUGGAAAAGUGGGGUGAACAACGGGAAGCUGGUGUGUUUCCAGGCAGAAUUUAAAAUCGACCGCAAUUAGUAUAUAUUCUUAAUUAUUGUUGAAUUUAAUCAAAAAAUAUGCAAUUUUCAAACCACUCCGAUAUACACGUACGCACACGCAACCACUUUUUCACCUAUUUGCUAUAAAUUUCUUUAAUAAAAAUUAUUUUUAGUGUAGGGAAUUGGGAACGUUUUUUCGAUCGGUACUCAACCAAGUUAUUCAUAGAGCGGCUAGAGUAUCAAGCAAAUUUAUUUGUGAACUGAAGGCUUGUUGAAAAGGAAAACAGAUUUGUGAGCUAUAUACAAGUUAAAAAGUGUAUGGUUUGAAUCUUAUUUGGGGCAUAGUUUU